AUGUUUUAUUUUUCUAGUUUUCAAUAUUCAUUAUGUAUAUCAAAAAGUCUCAAACCCGUAUCAAAUUCAAAAUCAACUGCCAUUAAUCCAUCAUGUUCACCAAGUAUUAUUUAUUGUGGAUUGGGUAUAUGUGCAUGUUUAGAACUUAAUUCAUUUUGUUCUGUUCAACUUCGUAGUCAACCUUCUUAUCCAAUCACUAUAACACUUAGCAAAGAUCCAUCAAUAAAAAAAAUUACGUAUUGA